AUGCUUCACUUCAUUAAGGAAGUCUAUAACAAUUUAUUCUAUGACUCGGAGUAUUCUAUCCUGAUUAUCGGGCAUGAAUCAAGUGGCAAAACUACCUUUUUAGAGCAGAUAAAGUACAUGUACAAUCCCAAUAGCCCUACCCCUUUGUCCUCCUCAGGGGGUUCGAAACUUUUUAACCUGGCAGAGAAGGCUUUACCCUUUCCAAACCCCGCCCCGCUCUCGUAUUUUACCACGAAGUCUAUUCGCCCGACUGUUGGCAUGAACUUUGAGCGGAUUUCUCAUUAUUUUUCUACUUUAGCAUCCAAUACAGAGGCCAGAGCUUCUUUAGAUGCAAAUACGCCUUCUGCAGAGCCCAAAGCGAAAACGAAGAAAGAAAAAAAAGUGCGGACCAAGCUUAUUUUGUGGGAUGUAGGCGGUCAGCUUUCUCUUCGUGUGAUAUGGAGAAAUUACUACGCGCACUGCAGGGCGGUUAUUUUUCUUAUCGACAGCACUUUAUCGGAAAAAAACGAAUUAUCGGAAAUCAACGACAUCGGCAGACUUAAAAAGCGAUAUCGUGAAAACCAUGAAACCCUUCGGGAGUUGUUUGCUCAGCCCGAUCUCCAAGGCGUUCCUUUCCUUUUGUUGAGCAAUAAAAUCGACUCCCCGUUGAGCCUGCCGCUGCCGGAGCUCCAGGAGGCUCUGGGGUUGGUGGAUUUGGCCCUGCAAGACGACUUUUACAACCUUGAAGCCGAAAACGAUAAAUUAGACGCCAAAAAGAAUAAUUUAGAACUGAAGGGCACCGACGAAAGCCUCACGGAAGUUUACAAAGAUCAUAUCAGCCGGAGUGGCUUCGGUAGGCGAAUUGUUAAACUGAUGGAGGUGAGCGCGCGGGAUGGGAGAGGGGUGGCGGCCGCCAUGGAUUGGCUCAUCGCGCAGCUCAUUAGGUGA